AUGGCACAACCACAAUCGCAAGCGCCCCAGGCGCCACCCCACCAAGUUCCUCAUUUACAACAAAUGCAACAGAUGCAGCAGAUGCAGCAAAUGCAGAUGCCUCAAAUGCAGCAGCGACCGUCCUACUCGCCGCCGCAUCACUCGCCAUCGCCCGCCGCAGCGCCUCAACCUCAGCCGGGUUACGCGAUGCCUCCGAACAAGCGACCGCGCACUUCGCCGACUUCCCCUCCACCUCUUCAAUCGCCAUACGGCGCGACACCCUAUGCCGCGAGCCCACAGAUGCCCGCCGCAUCCCCGACACCCGUCGCCUCGCCGGGCUACUCUAAUCUUGCCGCGCCCGCAGCGACUCAGCAGUACAACAAUGCCCCGUACUCGAAUGGCAACGCUACGCAGGCACCCGCGCAGACACCGGUCCUAUCGCUCCCGGAGACUCGGCCUUCGUACCCCACGUCGCCGGCGCCCCCGGGACCUGCGGCCGCACCGACCCCUCCUGGUUCUCAGCAGUACACGACCGCGACCAUGGCGCCAAUUGUGCCGCCGUCUCUCCCCACCCCCGGCACAAUGGGGCCUCCGUCAAAACCCCCUGCUAAGGAAAUAGAGUACGAUGUGGCCGACUCGCUCGCCGGGACUGGCAUCGAUCUCCGCGCCGAAGAGCAAUACCUAGCCGAGUUUUACGCCGGCACGUUCACCCAAGACGCGAGAACUGGCGCGCCCGCCAACGCUCCCGGGAAUAAGGGCUCUUUCUACGGAGCGGGAUUGGCGAAUCAGCCCGGCGAAGCCGUCGCUACUCUCAGCCAGGAGGCUUAUGAGGCCGAGGUGGCUCAGAAAGUUUGGGACGACGCAGCUCACAGGCUUGCUGCCCUGCGCACCGCUGAGAUCAUGAACCCUUUCCUCAUGAUCGCUAAUCUGCACCACCGCGUCGAGAGGAUUGCCAAAGAGCAUGGGCUGGGCGUGAACCUCGACCUAAAGAACGCAAACCCUGCCGGCAAGCUCAGGCCUCCACAGGAGUUCCCCCCUCCCAAGGUUACCGUGAGCACGAAGCUCGGCCCCAACGGCGCGAUGGUGGCAACCACGGGCUCGUUCAUCCCCCACGACGCCUACCUCGUUGAUCAGCUGGCGCUUUUGUCCGUCGCCACCAAGCAUCGCGUGAGAGAGCUGAUCGAGGAUGCCGACACCGUCGCCAUUCAUCGCCAAACUACGUCCCAUGGAGAGAUACCCGCCGAAUGGGCCGACGUCGCAGUGCCCCUCCGGACCGGACUAGAUUCUCUUCCCGAUGGCCCCGAAGGCGCUGCAGCCUUGAAUCCACGAAAACGUUCCUUUGACGCAUAUGCGUCCCAUGGCUCGGCGUCGCAUAAGGGUGCUAAGCAUGGCCCAAGGAACCUCAUGGAGGCUGUUCGUGACGGCGCAAAGACCGACCGCGAUGCGGAAGAAGCAAGACUCCAGAAGCGUCAGAAGCGGCUCAAUCCCGAGUCCGCACCUGCCGGAUCUCGGGCCGGCUCUACGGCUCCCGGCACGCCCGGCGCUGGAGCGGCGCCCGAGGCCGAUUCUGUGGCCAAGGCACCGUCUAAGAAGGAAAUCAAGAAGGGCAUGGCCGCCGCUAGAUUGGCCGAGGCCUCUAGCACAGCCAGUACCAACCAGACCCUCAGCACUCUCAUGGGCGGUUUCGGUCGGAAGAAGAAGGAGUACUCCUGGAUGAAGAAGUCGGGCAGUGGCGCCAACACUCCGAGAGCCAGUGCGGGCGAGGCCAGCUCAGCUGCUGCAGGCGAUGCCGCAAAGGCACCAGAGAAGACAACCCUCACAUCCGACCCGAGAUACCCCCGGCUCGGCACAUGGCGCGAGGACAAAGAGAAGGGGAAGAACAUACAGUUGAGGGACUGGGUCACAGCACUCGAGCUCGACGGCAUCGAGGCCAAGGCAAUACAAGAGGCGUACCUGAAACUGGACGCUUCAGGUCCAAGGGACAGGAGCUAG